AUGUCGAUGGGACGUAGUUCUUCGACCACGUUCCGAAAUCGAACUGCGAGCCAUGGAUCCCGCAGUCUGGGUUCUGCAGAAACAGCGAGGAUCCCUCGAAAACUUUCUUCGCAGCUGUCACAUACACAUGCGAACAUCCUUCAUCCACAGUUGCAGACAAUGAUGGAGCAGUGGCAAAUGCGAGAACGACCGUCUUUGGAAACUGAAAAUGGCAAAGGAUCCUUGCUUCUAUCGUCCGAAGGAGUGGCUGAUAUGAUUGUAUUGUCUUCUUUCGGAGAAGUGAUCAGCGUCGUUUUUCCAUGGUUCCUUGCAAAUGUUCGAACCAGUUUUGACAUCAAACUUUCGGAAUUCAAACACCAAUUGUUCGAACAAAUCGGUCCAAUGAAAUGGGGAAAACACUCUACACAACCUCAGGAUUACGCUUUCAGACAGUUGAAUAACUUCGGGGAAAUCGAAGUUAUAUUUAAUGAUGAUCAGCAACUAUCUUGUCUUGAACUACAUGGAACAUUUCCUAUGCUCUUUCUUUUUGAACCUGAUGGAUUCAACAGAGACAAAGAACUGAUGUGCGAUAUAAGUCAUUGUCUUGGGUAUUCGCUUGAUAAGCUAGAGGAGAGUAUCGACGAAGAACUUCGUCAAUUUCGUGCUUCAUUGUGGACUCAAACCAAGAAGACUUGUUUUGAACGUGGAGUGGAUGGUGUUGAUCACUACGCGUUUCCCGAAGAGCAGUAUUUCUGUGUGGGUGAAAAAUGCCCAACGGAUUUGGAGUCAAAAGUCAAAGCUGCAAAGUUGGAUUAUCAAUUGUUCUGGACUAAACGAAAAUCGGAAGCCAAUGAAGUUUGGGAGAAAAUGUACAAAAUUACAAUCGAUUUUGAUCCUGAAUUCAAUCCACAAUCCCUCAUGAGAAUGUUUGUUAAAGAACUUCAAUGUAUGAAUUUAUUUGAUCCUGAAGAUCCACCAGAUGAAGAAUGGAUUCUACAAUUGGCAGGGCGAACAAGUUUUGUGACUCGUCCAGAAAUUUCACUUGUUUCUUACGAUGGGAUUCGCUCUGAGCUAGAAAGCUACCGAUGUCCGGGAUUCGUUGUUCGUCGAAAAUCAUUAGUUCUUAAGGACUACGUACGCCCGAAACCACUCUAUGAACCUCAUUAUGUGCGAGUUCAUGAAAGAAAAAUGGCCCUGGAUGUGUUGAGUGUUUCUAUUGGAACCGAAGUAAAACAUAGUGGGAACAGUGACAAAGUGUGGACAGACUUUCGACCUACAGCCUCCCUGGAGCAAAUAACUCUUUGGGACCUUGAUUCUAAUCUUAUGAUUCGACCAGUAAACGUAACUGGACUUCCGUUCACUGCCUCCCAUGAUAUUUAUUUGGGAAUGGAAUUCAAGGUCUACGUCGGAACAUUGACCCUGGCCACAAUCAAAAUUCCUAGAGUCCCUACGACAAAAUUGGUCUGGAAAAGAGAAUUUUUCACAUUCGACUUGUACAUGAAGGAUAUGCCACCAUCAGCUAUAUUAAGUGUUCGAGUCUAUUCAAUGAAGACUACAAAAAUGAAAGAAGAAAUUGAACUCGGAUGGGUGAACAUUUCUCUCAGCGACUGGCGAGAUGAACUACGGCAAGGACAGAUAAAACUGAACCUCUGGGGGCCAGAACCGUCAGCGAACAGAAGUAGAAUUGGUCACAAUGGUGCGAAAAUAGGAACAUCGUUGUCAGUAACCGUUGAAAUAUCCAGUCAUGGUCGACGAGUGAAAAUGCCAAAUGAAGCGCAAUACAAGUAUCUUGUGGAUCAUCGAAUAAGUUGGUCAGACACUGUAGAAAUUGUUGGCGACGAUUACGAGGCAUGUAUUGGAGAUCCAGGAUAUAAGAAGCUGCAGGAUUUGGUGAAAAAACAUGAAUCUGGAGUGAUUCUAGACGAUUCUGAGCAACGACAUGUUUGGUCGUGGAGAAACUAUAUUCAGAAGCAGGAACCUGACUUGUUGGUUGUUCUUUCUGAACUAAGAAUCGUGUGGACAGAUCGUGAAAACUUUUCGGAACUCUAUGUGAUGCUUGAGACAUGGAAGGCUCCAAGUGUGGCUGCUGCAUUGACUCUACUUGGAAAACGAUGUACUGAUCGAGUGAUUCGAAAGUUCGCUGUUAACAAGUUGAAUGAUCAACUCAGCCAGUUCAAUGUUCAUCUCUUCCUUCUCCCACUCAUUCAGGCAUUGAAAUACGAACCACGUGCUUAUUCAGAAGUUGGAAUGAUGUUGUUGACACGAGCACUCAGCAGUUACCGUAUCGGACAUAGACUAUUUUGGCUGCUUCGUUCAGAAAUUUGUCGAUUGAAAGACUGUGCAACAAAUAACGAGGAAUACCGGCGUAUCUCUCUUCUGAUGGAGGCAUACCUACGUGGAAAUGAGGAGCAUAUUAAGGGUAUCAUCCGUCAAGUCGACAUGGUUGACGAACUUACUCGUAUCAGUUCACUCGUGAAAGGACUAUCCAAAGAAGCGGCCCGGGAAAAACUCCGUGAUCAGCUGAGAACAAUCAGUCACAAAAUGGAAAGCAUCGAUUCUCCAUUGGAUCCAGUUUACAAAUUUGGGGAAAUGGUAAUCGAAAAAGCUAUCGUUUUGGGAAGUGCCAAGCAACCACUACGACUUGUUUGGAAAAAUAAGAAUCCUAAGAGUGACCUUCAUCUUCCCUUCUGCGAAGUGAUCUUCAAGAAUGGAGAUGAUCUCAGACAGGAUAUGCUCGUUUUGCAAGUACUAGAAGUAAUGGACACAAUUUGGAAGGCGGCUAACAUAGACUGUUGUUUGAGUCCAUACGGUGUUUUGCCAAUGGGGGAAAUGAUUGGAAUUAUCGAGGUCGUGCCAAACUGCAAAACCAUUUUUGAAAUCCAACACAAAGCUGGCCUAGUGAAUACAGCCGCUCGAAGUGUUGACUCCAAUUUUAUGAACAAAUGGAUUCGGAAACAGUGUGGAUUUGUAGAUGAAAAGAAGAAAUACAAAAAAGGUGGUGGUCCAACUGUUGACUCUGCACAAGCGACCAAGAAAUACUUUGAAAGUGUAGAUCGAUUCCUGUAUUCAUGUGUUGGAUACUCUGUUGCCACUUAUAUCAUGGGUAUCAAGGAUCGACACAGUGAUAAUUUGAUGUUGACUGAAGACGGAAAAUAUUUCCAUAUCGAUUUCGGACACAUUCUUGGACACGGAAAAACAAAAUUAGGAAUUCAGAGAGAUCGUCAGCCAUUCAUUCUCACCGAACAAUUUUUGACGAUUAUUCGAUCUGGAAAGCCGGUCGACGGGAAUUCACACGAAAUUCAAAAAUUCAAGACACUCUGUCUCGAAGCCUACGAAGUCAUGUGGAACAAUCUAAAAUACAAAUUUCAGAAAACGCUAUGCUGUAAAGGCGAAACAAAGGAGAAGGCGAGGAAGUUCUUCGCUGGAGUCUACGAAGAAGCAUUCAAUGGAUCAUGGUCCACCAAAACUAAUUGGCUGUUCCAUGCCAUGAAACACUACUAA